ACUCCUCCCUCUGCACAAAAGUGCCCGACAGCUGAGAGGGACAGGGAAGUGGAGCCCCUCAGGUAAGGCUGGAGCCGGCCUUGGGUGCAGGCUGGCCCUUCUGACUUCUGACCUCAGGCAAGGCACUGCCGCCCGGGGUCACCAGUUAGUCCACUCCUGGAUAAUUCAGAGGCACCCCUCAUAAGGCUGGGGGAGGAUUAAAGAAGGUCUUAAGCUUAGCACUCAGGGCAGCACCCGGUGCGGGGAACACCUCGGGUCAGCCUGGCUGCGGUGCUACCACGCUUCUUAUCAGGCCUUGAGGGGGCUGGGUGAGGGACCUGCAGCCGGGUUACUCCAGGUGCUUCUAGAAAAAUGCCAGCGCAAACGUGUGCUUUAAAAAUUAGGAGUAACCUGUACACCUGCGCUGUCAAUAUGGUAACCACCAGCCACGUGGCUUGUUUUUAACAAGUAAGUUAAUUAAAAUAGAAAAUGAAUUCCUCCAUUGCGUUAGCCACCUUUCAUAUACUCAGGGUCUGCAUGGGGUUAGUCACCGCCCUGCCCCAUAGACAGACAGAAGUUUCUCUCAUUGGAGAAACUUCUAGUAGAAGUGCUGCUCUAAGAAGAAUAGAAACGGAGCUGGGUAUGGUGGCACACGCUUGUAAUCCCAGCAUCCCCACCACUGAGGAUGCUGAGGCAGGAGGAUUGCAAGUUUGAGGUCAGUCUCAGCAACUUGGCAAGAUUCUGUCUCAAAAUUAAACUCAAAAGGACUGAGGAUGCGGCUCAGUGGUGAAGCGCCCCUGGGUUCAACCCCUGGUACCAAACAAAAAAACCCAAAGUGUCAGGAGCAGGUGCAAGCGUAUCAGUAACUGUCCUAAGUGAGCAGGGGUUCACUCUUUUAAAGCAAAGACCUUUCUACUGAACUUGUACUUGAAAAAUGUUCAACUCUAUGCUGUUUUUACAAGAGACACAUAAAGGAUGAGCCCAGAUCAAACGUGUUGGGAGACAGUGGUUGGAGACCGCAGGGACCCCUAAGGCAGGGCGCCCCCUCCAUGUUAAAUGUGGGUACCUGGGGAGCCUGUAGGGACAAGAUCGGUCCAACCGCCGCUGCUGCUGGUGCCUCACCUGUUGACAGUGCCUUGGCCUCCCGGGUGCCUGCGUGCUGCUCCUGUGAAGUUCCUGCUGUAGUUUCUUAGUCACACUCCCCAGAGCCUCACCUGUUUUCUUAGCCGUGUCCAAACCAACUCAAAGUUUAAUGAUCAACUAUUCAGAUUUUUUCUUUUUUUGGGGGGCGGGGGGGUACCAGGGAUUGAACUCAGGGGCACUGGACUACUGAGCCCCCUCCCCAGCCCUAUUUUGUAUUUUAUUUAGAGGCAGGUCUCACUGAGUUGCUUAGGGGAUUGCUUUUGCUGAGGUUGGCUUUGAACUCUUGAUCCUCCUGUCUCGGCCUCCCAAACUGCUGGGAUUACAGGCGUGCGCCACCACUCCCAGCUAACUAUCCUGAUUUUAUUUCCUGUUUUAUUACAUCUGUUUUUAUAUUCAUUAAUUCCUCUUGUCCUUGGGUUCAUUUCAUUCUAAUUUUUCUAACUGCUUCAUUCACAGACUGAAUUCAUUUAUUUUCGGUUAUUUUGGAGGUUCUGAUGAAAAGUUCUAGUUUCCGUAAUUACCUCCCACAGUUUUUGUUAUGUGGCCCUUUUAUUCUCAUUCAAUUCCAAAUAGGUCGUUAUUUCCUCUUGAUUUCAUCUUUAUGCUAAGUUGUUUUAGAUGUGUAUUUUUGAUUUCCACAUGUGCAAUUGGGAGUGUGUGUUGCUGGUUGUUUUUCUUUUUCCUCUGGAUGAGAAAUGCAUCAUUUUAAAAGAGCUUUUCUGCCUGCUGUCAUCCCAGCAGCUCUGGAGGCUGAGGCAGGAGGAUCACAGCUUCAAGGCCAGCCUCAGCAACUUAGUGAGACCCUGUCUCUAAAUAAAAUAAUUAAAAACCGGCUGGGGAUGUGGCUUAGUGGUGAAGUGCCUCUGGGUUCAAUCAUCCCUGGUACCAAAUCAAAAAAAGCUUGUCUGCCAAGCAGGAACCGCUGCCCGCCUUGCUUUUGGCCGCCUCCCCUUGCUCCACAGGGCAAGGGGGGAUGAGCUCCAGGCCCCACAGGUGGCUUUCCAAGUGGGGCAGGGGCGUCUGGAGAUGGGUGGAAGGAGCCGGUGGAACAGCGAGCCUGGUGGUCCUCCUGUGCAGCUGCCUGGGCACCCGGGGCUUUUCUCUUCCCAACUCUCCUAAGAGCUGGUGAGAAAGCAUUUAUUAACCCCGUAAGAUGAGGACACGGAGGUCAUGGGAGGCCAUCUGCCCAAGGUCGCACAGAGCAAGCGGUGGAGCUCCCACUGCACCAGGCUCCCAGGCCCGGGGUCAGUCCGUGACGUUCACAGAGCGUUUCCACGUCCCUGUUGGAUGCGUGUUCCCAUGGGCUCUGGUCGCGGGCAGCGGGGCGUCCUGUUCCCGUUUUACACGUGAGCAAACUGACACUGAGCCCAGGGGGCACUUGGCUCCAGGCAGCUGGGGAGGGCAGAGUGAGGUGCCCACAGGGGCUGCGGCCGCCCUUAACAGCGCACAGAUGCCAGGAUCCCCCAGGCCGCCAGGGAGCCAGAGGCAGUGACGGAAGAUGAGCCCGCCACGCGGGACAGAGCCCACCAGGCAGGACAGAGCCCGCCACAGGACAGACCCGCGCCCCGCGGCAGCCGGGCUCCUAUCCGUGCCUGUCCAGCCCCGCGCGGGAGAGGAAGCACCUAUCUCCCGGGGCUUCGGGGCAUUUGCAGGAUUUUUCUUCUUUUUGAGAUUCUUGUCUUUUUCGUUUUUCAUCUUUAACCAAUGGUCCAUUCAGACAUAAAUUCAUUUAGGACUAAACGCUUCACAAUUCAAAAUAAAGAAUUAGAGUCACCCCGCGGUUGAGGGGUCCCUAAUGAGGGGCUGGCUGCCUCGCGCCCUCCUGAUUUCUGGUGUUUUGAGUUGUUUGGUUUUGAGGUACCAGGGAUUGAACCCAGGUGUCUACCACUGAGCCACAUCCCAGCCCCUUUUUUAAAGGUUCUCUAAAGGAGCUCUACCAACUUCCCAGGCUGGCCUUGACUUGCCUUCUCCUGCCUCUGCCUCCCUAGUAGCUGGGAUUACAGACGUGCAGCACCUCCUCCAGGCCCGCCGCUUCCUACAUUCACUUACCACACCCUGAAAAUUCUCUGCUUGAGCUGAGUGCCAUGGCCCAAACCUGUCGUCCCAGCUCCACAGGAGGCUAGGGCAGGAGGAUGGCAAGGUCGAGGCUGGCCUGGGCAACUUAGUAAGACUCUUGGGAAAAAAAUCUCUAUUUUACUUUAAAGGAGGAAUUGUUAAUCUACUAAUUUUUAAAAGAUGGACAUUGAAGCAGAUCUUUUAUCAAUGCAUCCAUGAACUCUCCGGAAUUUCUUCCUAACAUUUACUGCAGUGUCCUUUCCUCAUUUCUAUGUAAAUUAAAACGACUUGGGAGGCCUACAGGUUCCUCAAUAAAAAAAAAAUGGAAAAGAAGAGGUGAAUGGACCUUAGUGGCCACACCCCCUCAGGUAGCAUCUGCACAGGACAGCAAGAGUAAAAUUUAAAAUAGGUCACCUCACUCCCAGCGCAAGCCACCAGAGACUACCAUCCACCGAGAAUGAAACCGUUCCUGUCCUGGUGACCCACAAGGCCCCACGUGGUCUGGCCCUGCCUGCUUCUCCCCUCAUAGUGUCCCAUCUCUCGCUCGCUGGGCUCGGGCCGCUCUGGCCUCCUUGCUGUUUAGCCCAGUGAUCAAAGCCUUCAUCUUCUAGCCAUCUCAGCCCUGCCUCUUACUUGCUGUGUGACUGUAGGAAAGCUGCUUAGCCUCUCUGCACCCUGGAGGAGGAUGCUCAUGGUACACUGUGAGACUAAUGUGUAUACAGCUCUUGAAACAGGGGCUGGCAUUUAGCCAAUGUCAUAGGUAAGUUCCAGCUGUGAAUAUUCAUAAUUGCUCAAACACACCUCGAGCCCUUCCGACCUGUGUCCCCUCGGUCUGGUCUGCUGUUUGCCACACUUUCCCCAUGGCCUUCGCCCCCACUUUAUCUGGAUCUCUGCUCAAAUGUCCCCUCCCCAGAGGGGCCUGAGCUGACCCUAUUUGAAUUGAUACUCCUCUCUCACUCCCAAACCCGUGUCCCUGCUUUGUCCGUGACAUUUAUCAACACCUGAGGUUACAUUAUGAACUUAUUUAUCUUGUGCCUGUUUCUACUAACACCUCGGUCCCUGGAGACUCCGCUGAUUGCCAGCCUCAAGGACAGGGCCUGGCAUGUGGCAGAUGCCAGAUAAAUAAAUGUGGAUGGAUGGACGGGCAGACGGGUUGUGGGUGGGCCGGGCCCCGCCUGCGCUGCCCCUGUGUGCCUCUGUGUCCUUGCUGGGUGGCCUGACCUUUGGCUAUGAGCUGGCGGUCAUAUCGGGUGCGCUGCUGCCCCUGCAGCUUGACUUUGGGCUCAGCUGCUCAGAGCAGGAGCUCCUGGUGGGCAGCCUGAUGCUGGGCGCUCUGCUGGCCUCCCUGGUGGGGGGCCUCCCCAUUGACCGCUACGGCAGGAAACGAGCCAUCCUGGGGAGCAACCUGGUGCUGCUGGCCGGCAGCCUGAGCCUGGGCCUGGCGCGCUCCCUGCCCUGGCUGGUGCUGGGCCGCUCGGCCGCCGGCUUUGCCAUCUCGCUGUCCUCCAUGGCCUGCUGCAUCUACGUGUCGGAGCUGGUGGGGCCGCGGCAGAGGGGAGUGCUGGUGGCUCUCUACGAGGUGGGCAUCACCGUGGGCAUCCUGUUGUCUUACGCCCUCAACUACGCCCUGGCCAGUGCGCCCCGGGGCUGGAGGCACAUGUUUGGCUGGGCCGUGGCGCCCGCUGUCCUGCAGAGCCUGGGCCUCCUCCUCCUCCCUGCUGGUGCAGACGACACUGCCGCUCACAGGGACCUCGUGCUGCUCCAGGGAGGUGAGGCCACCAAGCUGGGCCCCGAGAGGCCACGCUACACCUUCCUGGACCUCUUCAGGGCCCGGGGCAACAUGCGAGGCCGGACCGCCGUGGGGCUGGGGCUGGUACUCCUGCAGCAGCUCACAGGGCAGCCCAACGUGCUCUGCUACGCCUCCACCGUCUUCCGCUCGGUCGGCUUCCGCGGGGGGUCCUCAGCUGUGCUGGCCUCCGUGGGGCUCGGCGCCAUGAAGGUGGCGGCCACCUUGAUGGCCGUGGGGCUGGUGGACCGUGUGGGCCGCAGGGCCCUGCUGCUUGCCGGCUGUGCCCUCAUGGCCCUGUCGGUCAGUGGCCUGGGCCUUGUCAGCUUUGCUGUGCCCGUGGACUCUGGUCCAAGCUGCCUGGCCUUGCCCAAUGCCACUCGGCAAGCUGGCCUCCCUGGAGGCUCUGACCUGCUACAGGACUCAGCUCCACCUCCAAUGCCGAGAGCCGGCGGGGACCCACAGGAGCCCGCCUUGUCCGCCUCCAAGAAAGCCAAGACCCGUCCAGCAGGCAGAGAUGUCCGCACCCCUGCCCCGCCUGCCCUGAGCACCUCCUCCCCGGUGACCCCUGGUCCCGCCCCACAGCAGGUGGUGCUGCGCUGGGCCGCCCUGGUCUGCAUGAUGGCCUUUGUGAGCGCCUUCUCCUUCGGAUUUGGCCCAGUGACCUGGCUGGUCCUCAGCGAGAUCUACCCUGUGGAGGUCCGAGGGAGAGCCUUCGCCUUCUGCAACAGCUUCAACUGGGCCACCAACCUCCUCGUCAGCCUCUCCUUCCUCGAUCUCAUUGGUGCCAUUGGCCUGUCCUGGACCUUCCUGUUCUACGGACUGACGGCUGUCCUCGGCCUGGGCUUCAUCUACUUAGUUGUUCCUGAAACCAAAGGCCGGUCCUUGGCCGAGAUAGACCAACAGUUCCAGAAGAGUCGGUACGAGGCUCACCCUGUGCUUUGGCCACAGACAGAGCUUGGCUGGUGUCCAGUACAGCCGCCUGGAUGUCCCUGUGGCCUCCUGAGGAGUCCCCUGCCUGGACAUGCUGAGGCGUUGAUGUCAGAGACCGUCUCCGCUUCCUGCCUGCUGGGCCCCAGAGCACAGGCUCCAGGUGUCCUUGAGAGCCACCCCUGCCCCAGAGGAGGCCAUGUCUGCUGGGGGGAGACAGAUGAAAGUCUGAGAACCCCAAACUGCUCGUUUUGAGUGUAGCACCUGGAGGGCCUCAGUUUCCCCUCCGACUCGGCCCACGUCUACACUAUUUGCCAUGAGGGUGUUUUGGGAGUCUGGUUGCGCUCUGGGCCUUCUCAGAUGAUCUCUAGGCUGCAGAUCCUGGUGGAAGUGUUUCCUGGAAUCGCCCCUAAGUCCCGUUGAGGAGACCCCAAUCUCUGCUCUCUUCCCAUCUGCCUGGGAGCCGGGGGAGGGGACGCUGCCCCUGGGCGCCCAUGUCUCCGCCCCACUGGCCCUAGAUAUUCAUCAUUCACCCACAACUCUGCCUACUUUACAGGAGGCCUGAGUCUUGUCCUGGUCCUGGUUCUAGUGACACUAUCACGACCGUGGGCCUCAGUUUCCCCACACGUGCAAUGGGAGGCCUGGACCCGUUGAUUUAAAAUGUCUCCUGACCCCAGUGGGCUGGGUUCUAAGAGCCCAUCAGACUCGAAGCCUGGGCUCUGCCCUCAAUUAGCUGGGGUUCUGGGGAACGUGGGUUCCAGUCAGCAGACGGUAGACAGGGUUCCACAGCUGUGCACCCCGAAAUCCAAGAGCCAGCCUGGGGCCAUUCCAGGGUGGUGCAGGAGGGGCUCCAGAAGGACAGGGUGGGGGCCCACAGACCUGGAUGUCAGUGGGUGUGGCCUCUGCUUGGGCAGCUGUUGACCUUAAGUAACAACUCCCUCAAGCCUCGUUUCCUCGUCUGUGAAAUGGGGCAGUUGUGCCCCUGGGGGUAUAUUUAACCCGGUCCCCCUGAGAAGGAUCUCCAGUGGGUCCCAUUCAUCUAACCCGGCCUGGGGAACUUCUGUGCGCCAGGGCCCCCCUUGGGCACGUUGUCAAGGGCCAGGUUUCAGGGGCAGGUCGGAUGAGAUGAGCAGGUAGCCGGGGCCAGAGGUCACUUAGGGAGGGACUGACUGGACAGAGCUCCCAGAUCUGGGGGGCAGGGCACGAAGGAGACCAGAGGUGCGGGUCUCCACACUGUGCAUGGGUGCACACACCCCACCAGUUGUCCUUUCUUCUCUGUUUCUAGAUGUUUCCCUCAGAUUCAGUGCUGAGCCACAUCUGGUUUGUUCACUUUUAACAACAUUUUGUUAAAUUGUCAAAGAGUUUUUCAAACUGGUCAUUUGUAAAAAUAAAACAAAUGAGAAAAUAUUGUGUUAUUAAAAAUGAUGAUUGAAAUUAUUUGAACUUAUAAGCAAACCAUAUUAAAAAGCAAAGUCACUGAUAUUCAAAACUCA